AGCAGAAAGCAACUCAAGUAGAACUUAAUGCAGAGAUCACAUCCUGAUUAUAUCCCGAAUCUGUGACCCAUUUCGUCAAAAUGGCUACAAGAGGGCUAAACAUUGGACUUGUCAUGGUCCUGUUCUUGGGAAACAUGGCUGCUGAGAGAUCUGGGAUUGGCAAAGGUGUCACUGAAUCGAUUGGUAAAACACCAUUGGUAUAUCUCAAUCGGAUCGUGAAUGGUUGUGUUGGUCGCAUUUUCUUGAGUUUGAUUGGUUAUAGCAUGAUUACAGAUGCUGAGGAAAAGGGCCUUAUCAUCCCUGGCAAGGUAGCUAAGGGCAUGAAGGGUGCUGUGCAGAAGGCUGAGCAGAUUCUAGCUAAGACACCUGAUGCAUACUGUUGGAUACAUUAUGAGACGACUGGACCAGAAGUAUGGAGAGGCACAGAUGGAAAAAUUGAUGCAUUUGUUUCUGAGGUAGGUACUGGUGGUACCAUAACAGGUGCAGGCAAAUAUCUUAAAGAGCAGAACCCCAAUAUAAAGCUAUAUGGAGUGGAACCAGUUGAAAGUCCUGUUCUUUCUAGAGGAAAGCCUGGUGAGUUUAAGUUGGGGGGCGAGCGCCCCCCUUGCACCGCCCUGGCUCCGUCCAUGGUUUCCUGUGAAGCACUUGAAGCCGCCCGAAUUGCUUGCAACAAGCACAUGGCAAAAUAUGCUGGAAAAGAUGCUUUUCAUUUGCGUAUCCGUGUUCGCCCAUUCCAUGUCUCGCGUAUCAACAAGAUGCUUCCGUGAGCUGGAGUGCUGGAGUCUGGGAGCAUUCUUGAAGAAACCUAGCUAUAUCUUAGCGUUUUUGAGCAUUUAUGAUUAAUGUUACCAUUGGAUGGAAGCAUAGUUGUUCUGUUCAAGUAUUUCUAUCUGAAUUUUAUGAUUUGGCGUUUCUUAAAAAUAAAGUACUACGAAAACA